AAUAAUUGCAAUCUCCGUUGGAAUCAUUCCAAAUCUCGAUAGCAAAUUUGAAUAAGUGGCCAGAGGGUUCUCUAUCAUUAUAUGUUAUUUCAUUAUCAUAUCAACGCAUGAAUUGAACUCGAAGGCAUUGCAUUGAGACCGUCCUAACUAUCAAAUUCCAAUUUAAGCAGAACGAUCUGCACAGACUUUCAAACGACGGUUUGUAUCCGAUUUCUGUUCCGAUGUCAUAUCCUUCUCAUUCUAGUCAAGAUCGAUAGAUUCGAUACCAACCAUCCAAAUUCUAUUUCGAGCAUUUUCCUUGCAAUUCUUGUUCUACGGUUCUUCUACGGAUGUUCGUCGUUGAAUUCCGAAGUUUUGAGGGCUGAUAAAGAACAUGUUGUCCACGUGAUGACAAGGUCCAUCCAUGUGUUCAUGCGUUUCUCUAUAAUUCAUCUCAAGUAUUAUCAUAAGUUAAACCACCUUUUUUCCUGCCGUUUCAAUAUGGCUCAACGGGCUUUAUAUUAUGAACUCUAUGGAGAGUCUGGAGGAUCUACGUCAUUACGGCAGAUGUGCGAUGAUUUUCCAUGAUUUUCCGAAAUCAUUCUUAAGGGUCCACGUUAUCAUGCAUUGAUGCACACAUGGGCUUUCCUGUCAAGUUUUAACUUCUUCAUUUGAGGAGCCAGCCACUUGGGAUCCAUCGUUUAGUAUGAUGGUUCUCCUUUGAUAUAGUUAUUUGCUUUUUUCAAUCACCGUGUUCAGCAAGACCCUUGAUUGUGGACCUUGGGUAGAGAUACUUUCGUACGCAGAUGGCUAGAUCGAUGGGUAUUGCAAGGAAAAGAAGAAAUCAUGUCUCCAAGGUUCAAUGAGAUCAAGAUUCGAUAUACUUUUACGCGAUGGUGCUUAGAAUUGGGGAAAGUGGUGGGUGAAACGAGAAUAUAUAUCUCUUCAGGUCAUCCGUUGAAGUUAUUUUAUCCCAUCAUACUUUACAACUCAAUCAUCAAUCGUAAUACAUCAACUUCAUACACACCCCUUAUACUUUAUAUAUUAUUUAUUACCAAAUCAACCCAUCAUUACGGCUAAGCCACUGAGAAAGCGUCCCUUCUAUAUUCUACCCUAUCACGAUUUCCCUUCACCCCACUUAGACAUUGACGCAGAGAGUCUCAAGUUAACAAUGUCAGGAGAAGGCACAGACCUUCCAAUAUUCCAAAGUAGUAAAGCUAUGGAUGGAGAUGUUAUAAAUCGUCCUGGUUCUUCGCAACAACAACUGGUACCAAUUUCACACACUAUAUCGUCUCCUUCUAAGGCAUAUCAGAAGGAUACAGCAAUGUGGUCGCCUCCCCUUUCAUCACAUCCAAUCAUGUCACCACCAGACCUCACCCCACAACACCCUGUCUUCUCCUCUGAAGAUCUUACAAGACCAGCUGCAGGCCUAAGAAGAAGACCAUCAGUACCUCCACCAAGAAGAUAUUCCGGCGGCGAUUACGACCCCAAGCUUAGUUUCACAUCCGAGACAGGAAGAGCUCUUCGUGCUCGAGAAGAUCUCUACUAUAGCGAUCGGGAGAGAGAGAAUUCAAUGUCAUCCCGCACACGUGCUCGUGAUGAUCAUCCUCAUCCUGAUUAUAAUGAACGGUCCCGUCCUCCACGUACAUAUCGCAAUGUAGUAGGAUGGGAAAGUGGUCCCCAGAAAUCGUAUUUCGAUGAUUCUUCGAGAAGUGAUCUUGGCAAAGAUCGAGACUUGGAAAAGGGAAUGAGAGAAGCAGGACCUGAGUGGGCCAGUGGUGAGAGAGUUAGGAGAAAGAGUACAGAUGAGAGUAUCGAUGGGUAUAACUACGAAUCGCACAAGAGGAGUGGAACGAAAGGAACGAUUGAUUUGAACAACUUGACACCAGAGGAAAGAGCUAUGGUUAUGAGGUUACCAUGGACACAAUGGAUGAACAGUAAUUUCAAGAAUCACUUCGUAGCAACAAUCGGUGAAUUCGUCGGCACAACUAUGUUUCUCUUCUUUGCUUUUGCCGGUACUCAAGUAGCCAAUAUCGACAGUAACACAGUGAACACUACCACAGGUGCUGCGACAGGUUUCAACAUCGCAGUUCAGCUUUAUAUUGCAGUUAUCUUCGGUUUCUCCCUCAUGGUAAACGUUUGGAUUUUCUUCCGUAUUUCUGGUGGUCUCUUCAACCCCGCUGUAACCCUCGGUAUGGUACUCGUUGGUGCCAUUCCUAUUCCCCGCGCUGUCUGUCUAUUCUUCGCCCAAAUCCUCGGUGGCAUAGCUGCUAGUGGAAUGGUUCUCGGUCUCUUCCCUACUACAUUCAAUGUACGAACUACGCUCGGUGCUGAAACAUCUACCGUACAAGGUGUCUUUAUCGAGGCAAUUCUGACAGCUGAGUUGGUAUUUACCAUCUUCAUGUUGGCGAAGGAGAAGCACAAGGCGACUUUCAUUGCGCCAGUGGGUAUUGGUCUAGCUUUGUUCAUUGCCGAGAUGGUCGGGGUCUAUUAUACAGGUGGAAGUUUGAACCCAGCGAGAAGCUUUGGUCCUUGUGUUGUUAGUGGAUCUUUCGAUAAGGAACAUUGGAUUUAUUGGAUCGGACCAAUAGUUGGAACAGCUAUCGCAGUAUUCUUCUAUAAAUUCAUCAAGAUGCUUGAAUACGAAAUGGCAAAUCCAGGUCAAGAUGGAGAUGCAAAGAAUGAUCCUACACAAAAUGAAAAGAAGCGAGAACAAAUCUUGGAAGAGAGAAACAGGAGAUAUGAAAAGAGAAAUGGAAGUUUGAGACCAGGAAGUCGGUUGAGUUAAACCUCCAAGGAUCAAAAGAGGAAAACGAGGAUAGGAAUUGAGAAGUCGUUGGAGAGGUAAUGAGGAGCGAGGAGUUCGAUUGGAUGUUGUCUUGUCUUGUUUCUCUGUUUUUGCCUUUGCGAAUACUUGCUGCCCUUAUAUACCGAUUACCUGCUUGCUCGAAUGAUUGCUUGCUUGUUUGUUUGCUUGCACUUUACACGGUACUUCAUUUGCUUUGGCUUGGCUUAUAGCUGGUGCGAAAAACAUGAGAUGGAGGAAUUAAUGAGUUACGACCUCGAGGGUUAUUUGUAUUUUAUACCUAGCACUUUAUUU